AUGUUGAAGGAGGCCGUUGCGCAGAACUCACGCGUGCCUUGCGCCGAGCAGCGUCUGAUCUUUGAAGGGGAGAUGCUUCAGGAGGAGUUGCUGUCUCAACUCCUGCUGAGGACAUGGCCAGAUGGCACGACGAAAGAAAUCCAGCUCGUCAAGGUGAUGAAGGACAUAGCAGGGACCCACAUGGGCAGGUAUCCGAACUGUACUUGCUCUCCGGCGGCUGACGAAGUGUGCUGGGGCUACAGCGCGAUGGUUCAGAACAUUUGCCCUCGAUGCGGCCAGCAGAUCACAUCUGCGGUAAAGUCCUGGACGGAUGGCUGCCGCAUGAACGGCGAUGCUUAUGGCUGGGUGAUGCUGGCGUGUGAGCACUGUGGUCUGAAGCAAAAGCACGGCUGGGACGAUGCAUGA